AAGAGAUGCUGGGAUUUUCAUAUGGAGAGGUAUUUCUAUUGCUUGGUGCUACUGCUGCUCUUAUUGGACCUAAAGAUCUACCAAUCAUCGCAAGAACAGUAGGCAGAUUUGCUGGGCGUUCCAUUGGUUAUGUUCAAUUGGCCCGUGGCCAGUUAGAAAGUGUCAGGCAUCAGUCCCAAGCUCGCCAGGUGCAUAAGGAACUGCAAGAUACCAUGGCUCAACUAGAAGCUAUACGUCAUGAAAUUCGAACAAUCUCUUUUAUGAAUCCUGGUCCACUGACAUCAAGGCUAGUGGACAACAUCAACACUACAGCUGGGGAUAACAUGACUGCAAAUGGACCUCAAAAAUCUGAUGAAGAGAGUACAAUCGUUGAAAAUGGACCUAAAAAAUCUGAUGAAGAGAUUACAAUAGUUGAAAAUAGACGUCAAAAAUCUGAUAAAUAGAGCAAAACAGUAACUAUCACACCUAAGGAGCAUAAUUAAAGGAACUCAGCUUUAUCUGAUAUGCACAGCCAAGCAGGUGCUUAUGCAAGAUUGGCAGAGAUGGCUCCUCUGAAAUCUGUAUCUAUAGAGAGAGAAGGUCUGAGUGAACUGACCGAUGAAUCUGGCAGUAUUGUUGUACUUCCUGUCUCUGCUGAAAGCGCAGGAUUGUUGCCAAAACGUAUAGCUGGAGCAAAAGGUUCUGACAUUGUCUUAGAAGCAAUACUGGAGGCAGAUGUGGCAAAGAAUGCCAAAGAAUUUUUCUCACAGCCACAAAACCAGUUAAAAAGUGAAUGAUGAGGUUUACU